AUUGCUGCUAAAAUUGGAGAUAUUCCUCACUUGAAUAAUACCGCGCCACUGGUGGACCCCUCUGUCUAUGGUUAUGGAGUACAAAAAAGGCCCCUGGAUGAUGGAGAAUGAAGAAAUUAACAGACCAGUUGCAUUGGGGAGGGGAAAAGAGAAGAAUGAAUCCCUCUCUACCAUGGGGCACACACUUUAUCAGUCUCUGGACUGGAAAUUCCUGCAUGUUGCACAAUCACCUAGUCUGUAUUUGGCAAGUCUCCGUUUAAGUGGGCUCCAUGGAGCACAGAUAAGAGAUACAGAGAGAAUAGGUAACCAGUUAGGGGCCCUGGUACAUCAAAGGACAGUAAUAACAGAAGAAUUCAAAGUGCCUGAUAAAAUGGUUGGAUUUAUAAUCGGCAGGGGCGGUGAACAGAUCUCACGGAUCCAGGCAGAGUCUGGCUGCAAAAUUCAGAUUGCUCCAGACAGCGGCGGGAUGCCCGAGAGGCCCUGUGUGCUUACCGGAACACCAGAGAGCAUUGAACAAGCGAAGAGGCUAUUGGGGCAGAUAGUGGAUCGCUGUCGGAAUGGCCCUGGCUUUCACAACGAUGUUGAUGGCAACAGUACGAUCCAGGAGAUUCUGAUCCCGGCAUCCAAAGUGGGUCUAGUCAUUGGCAAAGGAGGCGAAACAAUAAAACAGUUACAGGAGCGAACAGGUGUGAAAAUGGUUAUGAUCCAAGAUGGCCCAUUACCGACGGGAGCAGAUAAACCUCUCCGUAUUACUGGAGAUGCUUUUAAAGUACAGCAAGCCAGGGAAAUGGUACUGGAGAUCAUCCGAGAGAAAGAUCAGGCAGAUUUCCGAGGCGUACGAAGUGAUUUCAGCUCUAGAAUGGGAGGAGGCAGCAUAGAGGUCUCUGUGCCCAGGUUUGCUGUUGGAAUUGUAAUAGGAAGAAAUGGAGAAAUGAUCAAAAAGAUUCAGAAUGAUGCUGGCGUUAGGAUUCAGUUUAAACCAGAUGAUGGGAUUAGUCCUGAAAGAGUCGCGCAGGUCAUGGGGCUUCCUGAUCGGUGUCAGCACGCAGCUCAUAUCAUCAAUGAGCUUAUUCUCACAGCACAGGAACGAGAUGGCUUUGGAAGUCUGGCAGUAGCCCGGGGAAGAGGUCGUGGUCGUGGGGACUGGAGUGUUGGGACACCUGGGGGGAUGCAGGAAAUAACCUACACGGUGCCAGCUGAUAAGUGUGGUCUUGUUAUAGGCAAAGGUGGAGAGAACAUCAAGAGCAUAAACCAGCAGUCAGGAGCCCAUGUGGAGCUGCAAAGAAAUCCACCUCCCAACACGGACCCUAGCGUACGGAUAUUCACCAUCAGAGGAGUUCCUCAACAGAUUGAGCUCGCUAGACAUCUCAUAGAUGAGAAAGUUGGUGGUACCAGCAUGGGUGGACCUGGCGGUUUUGGUCAAAAUCCUUUCAGCCAAGCACCUGCUACACCUCAUCAAAAUGGUCCUCAGGCAUUCAUGACACAGGGUUGGGGCAGCACCUACCAGACGUGGCAACAGCCUGGACAGCAAGUCCCAAAUCACAAUGGUACCCAGUCAGGCCAGGUGGAGUUCACCAAGGCGUGGGAGGAUUAUUAUAAGAAACUAGGCCAACAGAGCCAGCAGCAGAACAGCCAGCCUGAUUACAGCAAGGCGUGGGAGGAGUAUUACAAAAAACAGAGUCACGCUGCCAGUGCUGCUUCUCAGGCAAGUUCCCAGCCGGACUACACAAUGGCAUGGGCGGAGUAUUACAGACAGCAGGCUGCCUACUAUGGGCAGACACUAGGGCAAGCUCAGGCCCACAGCCAGGAGCAGUAGAACAAUGUCCUUGUGGCAAAUUUUUUUCUUGGAAUCAUUGUGGAAGAAAACCUUUUUGUAACAGAGGUUUCUAGAUUUGCAACAUUUUGAUGAAGACUUUUCUGUUUGUUUGUGAAACACUAGUUGUAGGAUAAUCUAAACUGAACUUUUCUAAGAAUCAGGAACAAUUAGUAAUGUACUAAACUUAUGGACAUGCUGGUAAUUUUUUGUUUCCAAAUUUGUAAAAACUCCGGGAUUCUUUUUGGAAAGAAGCCAGAGAAUUACAGGCACCAAAACGCACCCCAGAGCUGUGACAUUUCAACAUGUGGUUUUUUGUGUGUUUUUUUUUUUUUUUCUUUUUAGUUUUCAAUCUUUUCUGUUGCAACAGAAAGAGUGGCUUGGAAGUCUUAGGUGGUAUGUAACAAAUCCUAAAAAAAAAAAAAUUUUAAACAGUAUUUAAAUAUUCUUAAAUAUGUAAAUUCAUUAAAUGUUUUACUUCUAAUUUCUUGUAUCUUGGCUGUCUUUUUGAUUUUAUUGCAUUUUUUAAAAAACUGAACUAUGGUAUGUAUUGUAAUUAAUUAAUUAUGUGAAUUCUGUAUUGAGACACUUACUGUUUUGCUGUCAGGCAAGUGGGGGGGAGGUAUUUUGUAGGGUUUGUAUAAUUUCUAGAGUUCUAAAGGGUAAUAUAAAAAUGUGUUAAUUUUUUUAGCAAUACAUUUUUUCAUGUCUCCAUUGCUGGUUGCAUUUAUGUAUCUAAGACCUCCAAGCUUGUUUAAAGAAAAAAAAACAAAAAAAACCCUUCCUCUAUGCUCUCAGAAAUAUAAAUACUGUUAUUUUUAAUAUUAAAAUGAAUCUGCUAUUAGUACCUUUAACAAACACUGUGGAACAUUAAACCAUAUAAAAAGUAGUAACUAUUUUUUAAUUCCAGGGUGUUUUUUGCUUUUUUCAUUUUUCUUUUUAAAUAUUUUCUUAUCUAAUAUUUGUCAAAUUACCUAGAGAAAUAAAUGAAUCUAGUAUUAACCACAGUAUGCGCUAAAUAAUUUUGAUUUAAUAAAAGGGAUAAUAUGAUUUCCAAUGUUUACUGUAGUGUUUCUUGUACAGAUAACAGUGUAUUUUUAAAGGAAAAAACGGAAUUGAAGCUAUUUUUUCUUGCAUUUUUAAUUGACCUGCGGGACAUUCCGUUUUGAAAUGUACUGAAGUUACUGUUCUUGGGUUCUUUCCUUAUUUUUUCCUUAUAAUGCUUGAAAUGUCUAACUAUAAAGAAACACCAUUGGAUAAUGUUGAGCAUGAUGUUAAAAAAAGUGUUCUUUUUAUUUGACUGACAGUUGCAUUUUACACUCUAUAUAAUAAAAUUUCCACAAGAUG